AUGGAACUCAACCGAGAACAUUUUCGCGACAUAAUUUAUUACAACUUUCAGAGACAAUUAUCGCAACAAGAAUGCCUUGCUGAGUUACUGUCGGUUUUCGGCAACGAAGCGCCACAUCAGUCGACAAUUUCCCUCAUCCGUUCUCGAAGUGUUUCGAAAAAGGUGGUCGCAACAUUUGUGUCAAAAGCAGGUCAUAUUGCAGCAAUGCCUCUUAAUGAGCAAAGAACUGUUACUGUGAAUUGGUAUACCACCAUUUGUUUGCCAAAAGUCAUCACCAAGCUUCGAAAAAUCAACCCCGAAAAAAGAAUCAUCCUCCACCAAGACAAUGCAAGCUCGCACACAGCCCAAGAAACAAGGCAGUAUUUAAUGGAAUUAUUGGACCAUCCUCCAUAUAGUCCCGAUCUAAGUCCUAACGAUUUCUUUACUUUCCCGAAAAUUAAAAACAGACUGUGUGGUCAAAGGUUCCAGUCACCAGAAGAACCAGUUGACGCCUUGAAAAAUGCCGUUUUGGAUCUGCCAGCAAACGAGUGGAAUAAGUGCUUCGAAAAUUGA